AUGUCGGAAAAGGUUUCCCCUUUGGACCUCGAGUCUAACAAACUCGAGUAUGAUCCAUGGCUGCUAGAGGAUCAUCCACUACGCACAUAUCCGACCGAAUGUAUCCCCGGAUUAUCGCCUUAUCUCUCCGAGAUCUAUCAGUCACUUUCACUGGGGAAAGCGUUCGGACGAACAGCGGCUCUUGUGCUUGGAUGUUUAGCCGCAUUCCAGUGCCUCCACUUACUACCACUCAACCUCCCCAAGGAACUUCCGCCCACGGCUGUGGCAUCAGCAGCGCAGACCCAUGUUCAGCCUAGCGCAUGCACAUUCCCGACACUAGACACACGACCGCAAGCUUUGAAGAACGCAUUAAACAGCGGGUGCGACAGCGUCCGAACCGCCAUUUGGAUGUACGACGGCCUGUUACAGAUUGGUAACGCCGUGACUGGUCCCGAUCCCAAUGCAUUCCUUGACCGACUCGGUCUAAGCCCUCUUCUAGCGAAACUCGACAAAGGCGAGUCGCGAAUACCACUCGAUCCCGAAACCCCCGUUAGUUUGGAUGCCGAUCUGAGUCGGACAUUCCUUUUCAUGCUUGAUGCCAAGACUUCGUUUCAUGAGCUGUAUCCUUUGCUUGUUGGGCAGCUGGAUGGUCUUCGGCAACGGGGGUAUCUCUCUCAUUGGAAUGGCGAGAAUGUUGUUCAACGUCCUGUGACUGUUCUUGUUACUGGGGAGGCGUUCGCUCCGAGCGACUGUGCGAGUCACUCCUAUUCUGAUGUUUUCUGGUCGGCCUUGCCAGAUGGACGCUUUAGCACCAGUGAUCUUACGAAGGAUAGCCUCCCACAUUUGUCGCCCAUUUGUAUAGCAUGA